AUGCAAAAUUUGGGUCCAUUUUGGUCAAUCGAAAUUAUCGCUUCGUCUUUAAUCGCUGACAAAACCAUUAACGAAAAAACCCCGACAGAUGUGUGUACCCUGGGAAGCAUUGCCGAGCGUUUUGACUGUCACCCGGAGCAAAACGCCACCGAAGAAGCGUGCAACGGCAGGGGUUGCUGCUGGAGGAAUGCCACGCCAGGGUCCGAGAGACCCGACAUCCCGUUCUGUUUCUAUCCCAAGGACUACAUCGGCUACCGGGUGGAAGGUAUCGCCUCGCACGACGAGGGCAUUUACAUUAAGUUGACCCGGCAGACACCAUCUGGCAUCGAUGACGACGUGCAGUCGGUUGACGUCAACGUCGUCUACUACGACAGGGACACCGUCAGAAUAAUGAUCGUUGAUACAACGAGGGAGCGCUUCGUUCCCCCUUUGCCAGAAAUAUCUCCGAAAACAUUCGAGGGGAGGAGGAACUACGUCGUCAAUGCGUCAAAAUGCGGUGCUAUCAGCGUUCACCGCUUGGACGAUCACAGCACAGCCUUGUUCAAUACAAACCUUUCGCGGCUUGUGUUCACGGACUACUUCCUACAGUUGUCGACGCUGAUGCCCACUGAUGUUGUCUACGGUCUUGGAGAGCAGUGGACAGCUCUGCGACGCAGUGUCGACUGGAAACGCUACUACUUAUUCACCCGGGACGGCUCGCCCAGGCCGAACAUCAACCUUUAUGGAGCGCAUCCAUUCUAUGUUGCUCUGGAAAAUGGUGGAUCAAGCCAUGGCGUAUACCUUCACAACAGCAAUUUCAUCGAGGUCCUGCUGCAGCCCGCACCGGCAGCCACGUUCCGCAGCCUGGGUGGCGUACUUGACUUCUUCGUGUUCACGGGCCCCACGCCCGGACACGUGGUGCAGCAGUACAAGAGCGUGGUGGGCUUCCCCGCUAUGCCUCCGUACUGGGCCCUCGGCUUUCACCUCUGUCGCUACGGCUACCGCACGCUGAACAGGACCCGGGAAGUGAUGGAGAAUAACAUCCAAGCCGGCAUACCUCUGGACGUUCAGUGGAACGAUAUCGACUACAUGAAAAAUUGGAAUGAUUUCACCUACGACAAGCAUACCUACGCUGGUCUUCCAGACUUCGUCGCAAAAGUCCACGAGGGAGGGCGUCACUACGUCAUGAUUUUCGACCCGGGCGUGAGCGGAAGCGAAAUGCCCGGCACCUAUCCACCGUUUGACGAGGGACUUGAGAUGGACGUUUUCGUUAAAAACGUGACAGGUGGAAUUGUGUACGCCAAGGUGUGGAACAAUGUGAGCACCGUGUUCCCUGACUUCACGCAUCCCAACUCUUCUCGUUACUGGACGCGACAGUUUCGAAGAUUCCACGACGCUGUGCCUUUCGACGGAGCCUGGAUUGACAUGAACGAGCCGUCGAACUUCUACAAUGGCCACAAGGACGGAUGCCCGCGCGACCAGAAAGUAGAGCGGCCACCUUACGUCCCGGGACACGAUCCCCUGUGCAGUCGCACGUUGUGCAUGAGUGACCUGCACUACGCCUCUUCACACUACAACUUGCACAGCGUCUACUCACAGCUCGAAGCAAGGGCCACUUACCGGGCCUUGGUCGAGAUCCGCCAGAAGCGUCCCUUCAUUAUUUCGCGUGCCACCUCGCCAGGCCAAGGUGUCUGGAGCGGUCAUUGGUCGGGAGACAUCUUGUCCAGCUGGGAAGAUAUGAGGCUCAGCAUUCCUAAUUUCCUCAGUUUCGGUAUGUACGGCAUACCUCUGGCAGGUGCGGACAUAUGCGGUUUUGCGGGCAACACCACCGUGGAACUAUGCGCCCGCUGGCAAGUUCUGGGAGCCUUCUAUCCAUUCUCGAGAAAUCACAACAAUUUAAAUGGCAAGGACCAAGAUCCGUACAGUAUGGGACCUGAGGUGGUUCUAGCCACCAAGAAUGCCCUGAUUGCCCGCUACGCAUUGCUGCCCUAUCUGUACACACUUUUUUACCGGAGCCACGUCUACGGAGACACUGUAGCCAGGGCACUUUUCUUUGAGUUUCCAGAAGACCCCCGUACACACGACAUCGACGAACAGUUCAUGUGGGGAUCGGCGUUGCUCAUAUCGCCGGCUCUCCACCAGGGGCAAACAAAGGUGGAGGCCUUCGUUCCGCGGGGAACAUGGUACGAUAUAUACGACGGUCGACGCUUCGAGCAACCCACGGGCGGCUACCACUAUUUCCCGGCGCCCAUUGACAAGGCGAACAUCCUAGUGCACGGGGGCCACAUCGUGCCGAUGCAGGAGCCGGCUGCUACCACCACAAUGAGCCGCACGAAUCCGAUAUGGCUCUUUGUGGCACCACAUAACCGGAAGGCCCAAGGCACCCUGUACUGGGACGACGGAGAAUCUCUUGAUGCUGUACAGGAGCAGAAGUACAGCAUGUUCAACUUUACCUUGGCAGAGGAUGUAUUGACCGUAAGGCACGUGAAGAGAGGCAGUGACGUCACGCUGAUAUUGGGCGGGGCCAUCGUGACCGGCGUAGAGGCGCGACCUGAUAGGGUCGCCAUUGUUGGCGGGCGUCCUCUCACAUUUUCUUACUCACAUACUCAGCAGAUGCUGAGAAUUUUCGACGUCGCCCAACCUAUGGACGAAGACUUCAGCAUUGCAUGGUCCACGGAAAUUUAAGAACAAGAUACACAUAACUGUGCCAUUCACUUGCUUUCUAAUAUAUACAUUCUGCCUAAAUGAACGAGGAAUAAAAAGAAACUGCC